CAUCUCUGGGUUUUCGAGGGAUCAUAAAGCUCUAGGUUAUAUACCAAAGUGAGCUGUGCAGCUUCAAGUAUGGUUCGGGGCCUGCAUCAUCAAGAUUCCUCCACAGACUUCACAUCAUCAUCUGAAGAUGAAGGUUGCACCAAGACGAAAGAGGAGCAAAUAAAGAAUGUAGUCAAUGUCGGUGGUAAAGGCAAUUUUGUGGCAGUUGGGAGUGAUGCUAACGUAUCAACAACAGCAGAAUCAGCUGGUGUAACUCAGAAUUCUUUUGAUGUUGUARAAAUAUUGAAAAACCCCACCACACUUCUCGAGGCAGUGGCUAAAUGUCGRGGCACCGAGAAGGAUAAAAUCGAGAAGAAUAUUUUGCAACAUCUUCUACCAGAAAUCGAGAACCAUGCUAUCAAGGCCGCAAGCAGUUGCAACGAUGCUCUAGAGCUGCUUGCUAGGUUCUGUUCUCCAGAGCUGAAAAGUCCAAGACUUACCAUUCAUUCCCUAAGGAUAAUGAAGCGGUUGCUUGAUCUAGAGUUUGGCAGCUGUGAGUCGGCAAACGCUCAUAUUAUAGAGGUCGAAAGGAUACUGCGUCGGUCCUUGGUCGACGGCAGCUUUGCAGAAAACCUUCAGCAUAUUCAAAGAWGCCGUCUUGAAGUGUAUAACAGUAUUCUAGCUUUAAUACUGCUGUACCUUGCUAAGGGUCACCUGAAACCUCCAUACAUUAACAAGACAGAGAAAGAAGAAAUAAAACAGACUGUAACGAAAAACAUCCAGAAAACUCUCCAAAGAAAUCCGCGUCCCAAAAAAGAUCGCUGGCGCUUCUCAAUGGAAACAGUUUUAAACUUGAUCGAGCGUUUGUUUGACUACAAUAAAUUGAGUCRCAUGACCAAGCUGUUGGAUUUGUGUAAAGAUAUCACGCUGGAAGCUUUCCUGAAGAAGCUGCAAUGUGCAGAAAGUAGUUCAGUGGAUUAUUUUGUCAUCCUGAAAAUGCUCCAUGGCAAGUUGUGUACCAGUAAUGCCGAUGCUUAUCAAAUUAUUGAGAUCAUCAUCAAGAAUCACGAUGUGUUCAGUAAGAAAUGGCCACACAGAAAUGAAGACUGGAAAUUUUCAUUGCUCGCUUGCCAGACACUGCUUCAYACCAUUAACAGUACCAAGCUUUCUAAAGCUACUAGAAUCAAAGCUGCUCGCUGUCUUGCUUGUUUGAUGGAGGCCAAAGUUUGCGGAAAGUCGGAAGUCAUUCGCAACAUAAUAGAAAACCAUUGCAUUAAGACUUCAUUUGCUAGAGACUUCAAAUCCAGAAAGAUCGUCAUUGAAAGAAGACUCAAACCUGAGGUACUAGACCACAUUCCGUUAGAACGAGACGUGAUGAUUAAGCAGAUCUGUAAAAUCCACGAAUCCAAAGGUUUGGAAUGCAUAGAAAUCAUUKAUGAGGAUGAAAAUCGUGUAAUAGUACGUGGGUUAUAUGACUACCAACCUGUAGCUAUCACUGUGGCUAUCAUAAAUCCUAUAAAGAAUCUGUAUGCAGAUCAGGAUCAAGAUCUGUCACCAUCAGAAAAACAUCUGCAAAAUGAAACUUAAGGUUCUUCAACAUCUCAAUCAAACCCCGAACAAGC